AUGUCUGAUGAUGGAGAAUGCAUAGAAUGGAAGUACAAUUUAGUGUUAGAUGGACCAGCGGAAGUGUGGCUUCUGGGCCUAGAGCAUACUAUGAGAGUUGUGCUUAGAGAGCAACUUAUAUUAACACGCGCAGCAUUAAGAAAGUGUCGUUAUCAAAGGGAACAAUGGAUCAAUGACUAUCCCGGACAACUUGGCAUAACGUGCAGCAAGAUUCAAUGGACAUCGGACUGCACUCGUACUCUUUGUCGUUGCGAACUAAUGAAAGAGAAGAAGCCGUUAAAGAAAUUGCGCAAAAAGCAGAACCAAAUCCUCAGCACAUUACAGAAUAUGUCUAGGAAAGACAUUGCGAAGAUUUUGCGGUGCAAAGUGAAUGCUCUUUGCGUUAUUGAAAUACAUUCGAGGGACACUGUUGACAGGAUGUAUAAGUUAGGUUGCAUGACCGUCUCGGCCUUCGAGUGGUUCUCGCAGUUGAAGUUCUAUUGGGACCGUGAACGGGAAGACUGUUACAUCAGGCAGACAAACACGAACUCCAUCUACACCUACGAGUACAUCGGUAACUCGGGGAGACUCGUCAUCACGCCAUUGACAGACAGAUGCUACAUUACAUUGACGACUGCGUUGCAUCUCUUCCGAGGCGGCAGUCCGCAGGGCCCAGCCGGAACGGGCAAAACGGAGACCACGAAAGACCUGGGAAGGGCCCUUGCUAGAUGGGUGGUCGUCACCAACUGUUCGGACGGACUUGACUAUAAAUCUAUGGCCAAAUGCUUUGCUGGCAUAGCUCAGAGCGGCUGUUGGGGCUGCUUCGACGAGUUCAACCGCAUCAACAUCGAGGUGCUGUCUGUGGUGGCACAGCAGAUCCUGGCCGUGCUGCUCGCGCUGUCCCUCUUCCUCAAGAGGUUUGUGUUCGAGGGUGCCGACAUUAAGCUGGACGGCAAUUGCGGAAUAUUCAUCACUAUGAACCCUGGAUACGCAGGCCGUACAGAACUGCCGGACAAUUUGAAGUCGAUGUUUCGACCGAUCGCUAUGUGUGUACCGGAUUCACUUAUUAUCGCCGAAAACACAUUAUUCUCUGACGGGUUCACGGCCUAUAAGAUUAACGCCAAGAAGGUGUUCACGUUAUACCAAUUGGCUAUGCAGCAGCUCUCUAAACAAGACCAUUACGACUUUGGACUUCGGUCUAUGGUUGCGUUGCUGCGCUACGCGGGAGUGAAGAGACGCGCCUAUCCUCAUUUGCCAGAACAGGAGAUGGUAAUCCUGGCGAUGCGAGACAUGAACGUGGCGCGUCUGACGGCCAAGGACGUGCCGCUAUUCGACGGGAUCAUGCAGGAUAUAUUUCCGGACGUGUCCGUCCCGACCUUGGACUACGAGAUGCUGGAGACGGCGAUCUCGGCGGAGAUGAGGCUCGUGGGGUUGCAGCCCGUUCGCGCUGCUCUGCAUAAGGUCAUACAGACGUUUGAAACCAAGAAUUCUCGUCACUCAUCCAUUUUGUUGGGCGACACGAACACGGCGAAAACCGUAUCCUGGAAGAUGCUGGCUAACACGAUCAGUCGGCUGAAGCGAGAGAAGGUGCCUGGGUUCGAGAACGUCCAGGUGCACCCCAUGAACCCCAAGGCUCUGACUCUGGGCGAGCUGUACGGAGAAUAUAACUUGGCGACCGGAGAGUGGAAAGAUGGUGUUCUGUCGUCAAUUAUGAGGACGACUUGCCAAGACGAGUCUCCAGAUCAAAAGUGGAUAAUCUUCGAUGGCCCAGUCGAUGCUAUUUGGAUUGAGAAUCUCAAUUCUGUGAUGGAUGACAACAAGCUACUGACGCUGGUGAACAGCGAAAGGAUUUCUAUGCCGCCGCAGGUAUCUCUACUGAUUGAAACCCUGGACCUGGCCGUGGCCUCCCCAGCUACGGUAUCUCGUAAUGGAAUGGUGUACAACGACUACAAGGAUUGGGGCUGGUGGCCUUAUGUCAACUCUUGGCUAGACACCGUUGAUGACGUGGAGUAUAGGGAAAUGCUUCGUCGCCAUUUCCUGAACAUCCUCACGCCAGUUCUUGAGCUGAAACGCCUUCAACUGGUCGAGGGUCAGAGCGUACGUGGCCAGGAGUUGACCGGUGUAAGAUGCCUGUGCCGCCUCUUGGGAUUGCUUCCGGCACCUGCCCCACCGCAACCUGAUGAGGAGGACAAUGAGUCUCUAUCGAAGAUGAGGUUUCUUUUCGCCAUGAUAUGGUCCGUGUGCGCGACCCUGGAAGAGGAGCCGCGGCGUAAACUGGACAACUGGGUUCGGGAGCACGAAGGCGUAUUUCCCCUGAAGGACACGGUGUACGAUUAUUAUGUGGAUGAGAGGUUGCGUGCCUUUAAGCCUUGGGAAGACAAGCUGCCUGACAACUGGAGGUUUAACCCUAGUUUGGGUUUCCACAAUAUCCUGGUACCGACGGUGGAGUUUAUUCGGGUACAAAUAAUUGCCCUGGAGAUGCUGAAGGCGGGCUAUGGAGUACUGGUCGGAGGAGGAACUGGGACUGGCAAGACUUUUCUAAUUCAGGGCACUCUUGCGCAACUAGAUCCGGACAGAUACAGCACUCAAGUGAUCAACAUGUCAGCGCAGACGACGGCUGCCAAUGUCCAAGAUAUUAUCGAGGCCCGAUUGGAGAAGAGAACCAAAGGAAAUUACGUGCCCGCCGGCGGGAAAAAGAUGAUAGCUUUCAUGGACGAUAUAAAUAUGCCGGUGCGAGACGCUUACGGCUCCCAGCCGCCUCUAGAGCUGACGCGGCUCUGGCAUGAUUAUGGAUAUUGGUUUGACCGGCAGAAGCAGUGGAGGAAGAAUGUUAAGGAUAUGGUGCUUUGUGCUGCUGCCGGUCCGCCAGGUGGCGCGCGGUCGCCCCUCCCCCCACGCUUACUGUCCUGCUUCCACGCCUUCUUCCUACCCCCUCCCACGCAGCAGCAACUCAUCAAGAUAUUUGGCACAAUGCUCUCGCAGCAUUUGUCUGACUUUGAUGAGGAAACUAAGACAAUUGGAAAGAUUGUUCUCGUCGCUACUAUAGACAUGUUCAACAACAUCGUCGCAAAAUUAUUACCCACGCCUAGUAAGAUGCAUUAUUUGUUCAACUUGCGAGAUAUCUCAAAAAUUUUCCAGGGACUGCUGAAAAGCAAUAAAGAUUACCAGAAUACAAAGCCCCGAUUUCUUCGUCUUUGGGUUCACGAGUGCUUCAGGGUAUUUUGCGAUCGCCUGACUGAGGAGAAGGAUCGAGACUGGUUCAUGGGCCAAAUGGGUGAUAUGCUCGGUAAACACUUUGAGCUGACCUUCCACGCGCUCUGCCCAUCCAAGAGUCCGCCACUUUUCGGUCACUUCCUCAACCCGUUCGAGGUGUACGACGAUCUAAAUGAUGCAAACGCUCUGCGCAGAUAUAUAUCGAAUCAGAUGGAGGAGUACAACAGUUGCCCGGGCGUGGUUAAAAUGGACCUAGUGCUCUUUAAGGACGCGAUAGAACACAUCGUGCGCAUUGUGAGGGUUAUAUCGCAGCCGCGUGGUCAUAUGCUAUGUGUAGGAAUCGGUGGUUCGGGUCGCCAGAGUUUAACUCGGGUCGCGUCAUAUAUUUGCGAGUGCAACUCUUUUCAAGUUGUCGUGACUAAGACGUAUGGUGUCAAAGACUUUAGGGAAGACCUCAAAGUUCUCUACACAAGCUGCGGCGUGGACAGUAAGAAGACAACCUUUAUAUUCUGCGACACACAGAUUGUGGAGGAAACUUUUACGGAAAUUAUCAACAAUUUGCUCAGCAGUGGUGAAGUCACCAAUUUAUUUAAGCCGGAUGAAUUUGAGGAUAUUAAACAAGCUCUUGAAAAGCCAAUGAAAGCCGCCAACAUCAUGCAAACUGCUGAAGCCGUUUACUUAUUCCUGGUGGAUCGCGUGCGAACUAACAUGCAUAUUGUUCUUUGCUUUAGUCCUAUUGGAGACGAAUUCAGAAACCGAAUCCGUCAGUACCCUGCCCUAAUAAAUGCAACGACUACGAAUUGGUUCUUGGAAUGGCCGCGGGAGGCGCUGCUUGAAGUGGCCUAUAAGUUCUUGGAGGGUGUUGAGUUGCUCGCUUCUAUUACAGGACCUAGGGUCCGGCGUAAGGAGUCUCUAGUGGAGAGUCGAGAGGACAUCCUCCGAGCAUCUGUGGCGUCCAUCAUGUCGUUGAUCCACUCGUCCGUGGGCAAGUACUCAGUGCGCAUGUGGCAGGAGAUGAGGCGGACCAAUUACGUCACACCUACCAACUACCUCGAGCUUGUCUCGGGAUAUAAGGAGAUGUUGAAAUUGAAGCGUAUCGACAUAGCCUUGCAAGCGAAUAAGCUGCGCAACGGAUUGGGAAAAGUGGAGGAAACUACGAAGCUCGUCGGGCAAAUGUCAGAGGAACUUGCCGUUUCCCAAGUGCAAGUAGCAGAAUACACUGAGCAGUGUAUAGAGUACAUGGGCGUGAUCAACGUGCAACAACGCAACGCUGACGAGCAGCAACGCUCCGUUGCAGCCCGAAGCAAGAAGACCCAAGAAGAAGAGGUUCAGUGCAAGAAAUUGGCUGAAGCUGCGAUGAGGGACUUGGCCAGUGCAAUGCCGGCUUUAGAAGAAGCAGUUAAGGCGCUCGAUGCGUUAAACAAGAAGGACAUUACUGAAGUGAAGUCUUACGCGAAACCUCCGCAAAAGGUUGAGAUGGUGAUGGAAGCUGUGCUAAUACUUCUACAGAAAGAACCAACAUGGGCGGAAGCGAAGCGGCAACUUGGUGACCAAUAUUUCCUGGACCGUCUCCGCGAAUUUGACAAGGACAAUAUCUCGGAUAAGACGCUGAAAAAGAUCGGAACGUACACGGCCAAGCCGGACUUCGAUCCGGAGAUAGUGGGUACCGUGUCGGCUGCGGCCAAGUCUCUUUGCCUUUGGGUACGGGCUAUUGAGAAGUAUGGAAAAGUGUAUAAAAUAGUUAAACCGAAGAAAGAACGUCUAGAAGAAGCACUAGAGUCUCUCCGCAUGAAACAGCAGAUUCUGGCGGAAGCACGCGCCAAGCUCCGAGAGCUGAGCGAGAUGAUAGCUCGACUGCAAAAAGAGUACGACGAGAAAGUGGCACAGAAGGAGGAGUUAGAGCGAAAAGCGAGGAUGUUGCAGCUCAAGCUGGAGAGGGCUGAGGCGCUCAUUACCGGCUUGUCCGGCGAACGGGAGCGUUGGGAGCUUACAGUGGAGCGUCUAGACAAGGAGUUUGAAAACCUACCAGGAGACUGUCUUAUUGCGACUGGGUUUGUUGCUUACCUCGGACCUUUCGUCUCAGAAUACAGGGAAUCUCUUAUGUACGACUGGUUUAAUGAGGUAUAUAACGAAGGUGUACCCUGCACGAUGGAUCUGAGUAUGAAGUACUUCCUCUUAGACGAUGCAACUUUAAGGGAUUGGAACUAUAUGGGGUUGCCAGAUGACAAUUUUAGUGCGGAGAACGGAAUAAUAGUGGUGCGUGCUACGAGAUGGCCUCUGGCCGUUGAUCCUCAAGGGCAAGCGUUAAUCUGGAUAUUCAGACUCGAGGAAAAGAAUGAAAUUGAAAUUGUGGACUUUGGCCAGCCUAACUAUUUGAAGAUAAUGGAAACACACCUCACCGAAGGCAAACCGGUGCUAGUCCAAAAUGUUGGCGAAGUCUUAGACCCCUCGAUCGCACCGAUUCUGGAUAAAGCCAUCGUACGAAUCGGAUCUGCUCUCGUCAUUAAGUUUAAUGAGAAAAUGGUGCCUUACAACACCAACUUCAAGAUGUAUUUAACUACGAAGCUAGGUAACCCCGUGUAUACGCCCGAAACUCUGACAAAAACGACAAUGGUGAACUUUGCUGUAAAGGAGCAAGGUCUGACGUCACAACUGCUGGGCAUUGUGGUGCGAAAGGAGAGACCGCAGUUGGAGCUGAUGAAAGACAACCUCGUGAUGACCAUCGCCAAUAAUAAGAAAGUAUUGAUGGACCUUGAAAAUGACUUGCUGCGCAUCAUGUACGAAUCCCAAGUGCCGCUACUCGAGAACGAAGAACUAUUUGUGACUCUGCAAACUUCGCAGCGUACCUCUCUCGAAGUGAAGGAAGCUCUUAUUACCUCUCAAGUCACUGAAAAGGAGAUUGACACCGCCAGACAAGGUUAUGUGCCAGUAGCUGUUCGAGCGUCCGUACUGUUCUUUGCGUUGAACGACUUAUCCAGAAUAGAUCCCAUGUACCAGUUCUCUUUGGACGCGUACAUCGACCUCUUCACCUACUCGAUAGACCGGAGCCCCAAAAGCAGUGAGUUGGAGGACAGGAUCAACAACUUGAAUGAAUUUCAUACGUUUGCUGUUUACAAGAAUACAUGUCGAGCCUUAUUUGAGCGCCACAAACUGCUUUUAUCUUUUCACAUGGUCUCCCGGAUCCUAUUCCAAAUGGGCAAGAUGAAUAUGCACGAAUACUUGUUCCUGCUAAAAGGGGGAGUGGUUCUCGAUAGAUCCGAACAGCCGGAUAACCCGACAAAUUGGUUGCCAGAAGAUUGUUGGGACAAUAUUACUGAAUUGGAUAAGAUUCCUGGGUUCCACGGGGUGACUGACGCCUUCGAGACCUUCUCAAAGGAAUGGAAGGAAUGGUAUCUUCAUCCAGAACCGGAAACCCAGCCGCUCGUUGGUGAGUGGAACGAGGUGUGCAAUGAGUUUCAGCGGAUCCUCUUCGUGCGUUCGCUUCGCGCGGACCGUGUCUCCGCUUGUAUUUCUGCGUUUAUCGUAAACGCCCUCGGCCCCAGAUACGUUGAGCCGCCAGUGCUUGAUAUAAAGGCGGCUUGGGAGGAGUCCACGUGGAAAACUUCUCUCCUCUUCGUGCUAUCGCCAGGAGUUGAUCCAACGGCAGCUCUUAUACAACUGGCUCAGGAUGUUAAAAUGUUUGACAAGUUCCAGUCGCUUAGUUUGGGCCAGGGACAAGCGCCCACUGCCGCUAGGAUGCUCACAAGUGGAAUGAGAGACGGCGGAUGGGUAUUUCUUGCAAACUGUCACCUGGCCUGCGAGUGGCUCGGUUCCAUCCGUGGCCUGGACAAUCCCAAGAUUCAUCCUCGCUUUAGGCUCUGGCUGUCUUCGAUGCCUGACGAUAAGUUCCCCCUUAACGUUCUGCAGAGGAGUAUCAAGAUGACAACGGAGCCUCCACAGGGUCUUAAAGGCAACAUGGUUCGCAUAUUUUCCAACCUGAAUGAAGAUAAAUACGACGAGGCGACACCGAAGUACCGAAGGCUGUUGUUCUGCGUCUCCUUCUUCCAUUGCUCUCUCAUCGCCAGAAAGAGAUUUAGGCAGCUGGGCUAUAACGCUGUUUAUAGCUUCAAUGAUUCCGAUUUCGAUGUAUCUGAUAACCUUCUGGCAAACUACCUCGAAGAGUACGAGGAUGUGCCGUGGGACGCGCUGCGCUAUUUAUUCGCGAUCAUCAACUACGGCGGUCACAUCACUGACGAUUGGGACAAGCGCGUGUUGAUUGCUUAUAUCAACCAGUUCUUCUGUGAAGACGCGCUCGAAGUGCCGUUCUAUAGGCUGUCUAGUAUUCCCUCAUACCAUAUACCGCGAGACGGUAGCCUGGAGUCAUAUCGAGACUUCCUAGAUCUAUGGCCGGCCUAUGAGCGAGCGGAAUCGGUGGGGCAACACGCCUCAGCUGACGUUGCUACCCAGGCUCAGGACGCCCUCAUAAUGUGUUCGACACUGUUCGCACUGGCAUCUACGGGUGGCGGUGGCGGAGGAGGGGGAGAGGACCAAAAAGUAGAUGAGUUAGCGGCCGAGAUGAUUGUAAAACUACCCUCCAAGAUUGACGUCGAGACUACCGAACGCAUGAUGGGACCCGAGAUUGUGAUGCCUAUGUGCGUCUCGUUGCUGCAAGAGAUCGGCUAUUACAACGUGCUCAUAUCUGCCAUCACCUCUGGAUUAAAGGAAUUGCGGCGCGCAAUCGAGGGUCUGGUGGUGAUGUCCGAAAUGCUUGAGACUAUGUAUACUUGCAUAUUUGAAGGAAGAGUUCCUACGUUCUGGCAAAAAGCUCGACCCUCAAUGAAGCCCUUGGGUGCCUGGUGUAGAGAGCUGUUCUUGCGAGGGUCACACUUGGGCGCGUGGGCUAACGCGCCUCGUUCCCCACCAACACUGUGCUGGUUGCCAGCUUUGGUUGCGCCUACUGGUUUCCUCACUGCUGUGAUGCAGACUACAGCACGCGGUGAGGGCUGGCCCAUCGACACUCUCUGCUGGGAGUUCACGGUGAUGCCAUUGGAGGAGACUGCCUUUGUACGACCACCUCGUGAUGGAGGAGUUUAUAUACGCGGACUGUACCUGGAAGGUGCUAGUUGGAACAAAAAGGAAGGCUACCUACAGGAGCCUCUGCCUAUGCAACUAGUGUUUCCCGUCACUCCGAUACAUUUUAAACCUAUUCGCGCUACGGGAAGAAAAAUGCGCAAUCGCUACGUCUGCCCAUGUUAUUAUUACCCGAAGCGCAUGGGCGCAUUUGUCGUGGCCGUCGACUUGCAUUCGGGCAAAGAGAUUCCAGACUUCUGGGUUAAGAGAGGAACUGCACUGCUUUGCACACUUGCCACCUAG